CUUGAAUGGAGAAGAUGGAGAAUGGGACCCCUCCACAAGAUAAUCCAGUUCUUUGAUCACUAUGAGGCAGAAGAGGAAGCCAUCCUGAAUUGGGUUGGGACUGAUGAUGUCUCAAAGUGUUUUGCCCUCAACUUUCUUCACUCUGUCCUUGAGAAGAAGAAGGCCAGCUACAAGGGUAAGGCCAUUCUCAUUUCUUCACCCUCAGAGGAAGCUGUCAAACCUCUUGAAGAUGGGGAAAUUGAAGCUUUUGAAGAAUGGUUGUUCACCAAGAUGGCAACUGACUCUGUUCAGCCCAACUUCAACCCAGGAGAGUCCUCUGUUCUCAAGACAGAAGGACAAGCAAUGAUGGAGCACAUCAAGGAAUGGAGGACUUCCUU